AUGUUACUGUUAUACGCUGUAAUCACUUCCUUAAUGGUAAUUAUUCUAUUCAGGUGCCCGGACAUUACAUAUCAAAUUGCAGCGUGGUCAGUUGCUUUGACAUGGUUUUUCAUAUUCACAACAAUUGGAGAUUCUCUUCCGAAACUUUUACCAACUAACAAGAAAUGGCUUUUGACGAUUCUUACCAUCUCGUGUACUCUUAAUGUGGUCGGUAUUCUUAUUGCGGCUUUGUUUAAAAAGAAGCCAGCACCAAUUACACUUGAACAAGUCGCCGAGCCAGCACUCAUCUCAUUAAUCAUACUUGAUCUAGUCGCAAUCGCUUUAUUAACCUUGUUAAAUAUGACUGUGGGUCAAGCAACACUUGGAAAAUUUCGUCUUACUGAUGAUGAUGCUUGUUUAGCCUCUUUAUUAUUAUACAUUACAUUGAUGCUACAACAAAUUACAGGGUAUUCAAAUUUCUUACAGUUUACUAACAACACAUUCAACAAUUGUUCAACUGAAAAUAAUGCCAAAUCGACUAAUCAAACAUUUUAUCAAGAUCAAUUUGGAAUAUUGUUGGAACUUUAA